UUCACAGAGAGACUGAGCAACCAGCAAUGGCGAACGCAAGCGUCGACGGCGUCAAAGCCCUGCGGUGCCUGAAUGCCACAGAUCCACCGUCAUGGCUCGAACCAAACCAGGCGCUGUCUGAAACUGCUCGUGCUGCAUCGCAGUACCUGUUCUCCUCCCUCAGACCCUUCUCCCAAAAAUCGCCAUUGGACCAUCUCCUCGUUGACGGCUUCGACGCCGAGCAGAUAUGGCAGCAAAUUGACCUCCAAUCGCAGCCUCUGUUGUCCACUCUUCGCCGCGGGGUGAAGCAGCUGGCGAACAAUCCCGAAGAGAUUUCCCAGCUGAGGGUUUCUUCCGAAGGUGGGAACAAGGCAGAGGCAAGUAAUCGUGACGAGUGGGACGAAGAAAGCGACGGUUUUGACGAGGAAUUGGAUGAAGAAAGCGACGGUUUUGACGAAGAAAGGGUAGAAAAGGAGGAGGAGGAGGAAGAGGAAGAAGAAGAAGAAGAAGGAAUGGAGGAUGAAGACGACGAGAGCGAGGAGGAGAAUGGUGAUGGUGGUGGUGGUAUUGAAGAUAAAUUCUUGAAAAUAGAUGAAUUGGCAAAGUACUUACAGAAGGAGGAAGAGAAUUUGGAGAAUGGUGAGGUAGACAGAGAAAGUGAGGAGGGAAGUGACGACGACCAAGACACUGAAGAUGAUGAGGAAAGUGAUGAGGCUGGUGAUUUUGGGAUUGGCAAGGAAGAUUAUGUAGAUGAAGAAGCAGGGGACAUGGAAAAUACAAGGUAUAAAGACUUCUUUGGAGGUAAAAAGGAAAAGGGCUUGAAAAGAAAAGCUCAGGAAUCUGAAGAUUCUGGUGAUGAAGAUGACAUGGAAUUUGACGAACAGAAAAAAGGUACUGCUUCUGCCCAUGAAAAGCAACUGGAAAAAAUUCAUUCAAAGAUAGAGCAGAUGGAGAAAGCUAACAUAGAGCCAAAAACUUGGACUAUGCAGGGUGAGGUAACUGCUGCAAAGAGACCCAAGAAUAGUGCAUUGGAAGUUGAUCUGGACUUUGAGCACAAUGUGAGACCUGCUCCUGUAAUCACUGAGGAGGUUACAGCUUCAAUUGAGGAUAUGAUCCAGAAAAGGAUUACUGAGGGGUAUUUUAAUGAUAUUCAAAGGGCUCCUAAAUUGCCAUCUAAAGCGCCUAGGGAGGUUAAAGAGCUGAAUGACAAUAAAAGUAAGCAAGGUCUUGCAGAAAUUUAUGAGCAAGAAUAUGUUCAGAAGAAAGACCCUGCAUCUGCUCCAUUGUCAUUCAAAGAUGAACUGAAGAAUGAGGCAAGCAUGCUGUUUAAGAGACUCUCUCUGAAGCUGGAUGCCCUUUCUCAUUUUAACUUUGCUCCAAAACCUGUUAUAGAGGACAUGACUAUUCAAACUAAUGUGCCUGCUCUUGCAAUGGAAGAAAUUGCACCUGUGGCUGUUUCAGAUGCAGCUAUGCUGGCUCCUGAGGAGGUCUUUGAUGGCAAGGGUGAUAUUAAGGAAGAAGCAGAGCUUACUAAGGAGGAGAGGAAAAGGAGGAGAGCUAAUAAGAAAAGAAAAUUUAAAGCUGAGGCUGUAAAAAGGACAGGAAAGAAGGCGCGAGAGAGUGCAUUGCCUAGCCAAGUUAAUGGCUAAGAACAAUGUAAUAUUUCGUAAGAUUUAUUUACAGAAGCUGCACAACUAACAACAUUAAGUUCAAGGGGCCCCCCGGUGUCAAAAAGAAGUAAAAUAGAAACGGAGGAUUAUUUGGAGUCAACCAUGAUAAAAAAGCGAUGCUAUCCGUACCCGGAGCUGAAGCAGAUGAGAGUAACUUGAAUGCUUUCAUAGUUGGCUGUUUUACUUGUUCCUUGAAUUCUUGGUUAAUGUCAAGAUACUGGUAGGAAAUUCACUGUUUAUUUGCUUUUACUGCUACUCAUUUUUACAAGUUUAUAGCGUGGUAUGUAUUAUGUGCAAUUUUGUAUUCUUUAAUUUUAUUCAAGCUGAUAUGUUGUAUUGGCCUUAACAUUGCU